UUGAGACAGACAAACAUGCCUUACCGGCUAUAACCUAUUUAACAAUUAAUUUCAGGUCGGAAGCUUACGUUAGCACAUGCCAAACAUACUCUUGGUAGAAUAUGGUUUCCCAGCCAAGAGCAAGAAAAAGGGUUCAUUCAAUUCCCCGCGGUCCAGAUGGAAGCGCCUUUCAAAAAUGUGAAAAAUGUGGGCUUUUGGUGGCCAUUGCUUUGACAGACAUGCACGAGUGUGAAAUCAAGAAACUGUCCACAAAGAAAUUGAAGAGCCAAUUUGGGAUUCGAAACAGUAAUGGGCUGAAGAUUCAGUACCAACCCAGAUCAGCCUUUCGUUUAUUCAUCGAAAAAUUGUUAAGCACCUCUAAAGAUGGGAACGAGAUUGAAGUGGAUAGGAAAGGAUUUGACAUUUGGAAGAAAAUGUCAAAAGAGGAGAGGAUACCAUUUGUACUUCAGGCUGAAAAGAUUAACUCAGCUUAUGUGAAGCUUUUGCUCGAGGAGGAAAAUGAGAUCGAAUGGGUGGAUGAUGAGGCAGAUUCAGCUGAGAUUGGCAGAAGACACGACAAGAACUAUGACAAGUCUGAGAUGCAUUACGAUUCUGAAAGAUCCAGUGGAUUUCAUUUCUUCUGGUCUAAAUCAUUGAGCUUCAAAAGAGAAGAUUUGUUACGAAUAUGCCCUUGGGCAACUGAGAAAUCCCCUAGAACUUGAAGUUUGAAGGCUGAACAUAACUCGCUGAGAGUUCCUUGGUUUUGUUCACGUUUGGAUCGAUGGGACCAUUUUUCUUGCAAUGGGUGAGUUUUUGGCAUUGCAUGCAUGAUGGGUUUUGGCUUAAUGUAAGUAAUCCUAGGAUUUACUUUUGAUCAUAUAUUUGAAAGCUAAUGUGUAAAGGAUGGUCCACAAGAAAGGUGGCAGGAUUCGAACCUAUGGUCGGCCCGCCCCUGACGUGUUGGGUUGGGUGGUCGGGUUAGCAGUCCUUGGUCUAUUAGAUUGAUGUAGUAAGGUCAUUAUUUUCAUGCUUGACAUGAUGUAUAAAACCCUCACUAUUAUUUGAACUGAAAUGUAAGGCCGGAGGAGUGUAAACUACUUUAUCGUGCUAUCUGAUUUGUAUGUGAAAAGUAUUUU